AUGUCAAGAUACGAUUUAAUUGAAUUAUCACAAGUUUAUUACGCAUUUGAUUUGGGAUUUAAAUCUUUAAACUCAGAAACGUUAAUAUCAAUCUUUACAUCAUCUGACCAAUCAUUCCAAAAGGAUCCUUUUUCAGUAUUAGGAUUAAAAUUACGUGGCGGGGGGGUAUUUAAUAAUAAACCAUUAAAUUCACCGAUAACAUAUUUGGGUUGGGGAGCAACGUCGGAAGAAAAAGAAGCAAGAAUUUACAUUUUUGAUUCAGAUAUUUCUCAUUCCAAUCAUAUUUCCCCAUGUUAUUAUGUAACUAAUGGGAGGUUACUAACACCUAUAGAUGGAUGUAAAUUAAAUAAAGGGUGGUGGAGUGCACCCCUUUUACAAAAGAAUAAAAAAAUGAUGUCGAAAGCAGGAUUUCUUGGUAAAAAUGAACUUUAUGACAACGUAGGCAUUCCUUACGUGCUUGGUGAUUUGAAAUCCGUUUCCAUUAAAGCUGAUGUAUUAUUGGUUGCUUACGAAGAAAAGAAAAGAGAUAAAUCUAUUACGGGUGUAAAAUAUUUGGUAACGUCCGGCGGUGAAAAACAUUUAAGGCAAAAAAAUGGUUGUGUGAUUUGCUAG